UCCUAGAAUUCAGACGUGGACUCUGUUUGUCUGCUUGGGCUGGAUGUUUGCAGGCCAGGCGGCAGCAGAACCGCAGUACCUGGUUGCCAUUCCUCGAGUGUUAGAAACUGGGACUGAGGCUAAAUACUGCCUGAAUCUUCUUCAGCCGGAUGAGCCUCUGGUCAUCACCAUCACCCUGGCCUCAGAGGAAGAGGAAAUGAUCCUGCUCAAGAUUACUGCCCAGAUGGAAUUUCAUCAAUGUUAUACAUUUCAGGUUCCUGUGGUGAAGGAUUCUAAAGAGAUGAAUUUUAAGGUGAAGGCUGAAGGAUCUAAAUUCUUCUCAGAAGAAGUCAGGAAAGUCAUGAUCAAAGACUUUGGACAGAUGACUUUCAUCCAAACAGACAAACCCAUCUACCUGCCAGGACAAACAGUGCAUUUCAGAGUCUUCACCCUGGACAGCAUGUUCAGACCUGCUAAGGGGCUGUACAACACCAUUGAAGUUAUGGAUUCAAACCAGAACCGGGUUGGGCAGUGGCUGAACGCUACGUCUGAUGGAAAAAUCCUUCAGCUGUCUUACUCUUUGAACUCUGAGGCUCAAGAAGGAAAUUGGUUUGUUCAUGUUACCAUUGGGGAACGCUCACUCAGUCAGUCAUUCAAGGUGAAAGAAUAUGUUUUACCGAAAUUUGAUGUAAAAAUCAAAGCCUUGGAUGAGAUAAGCAUUGGACAGGAGGAAAUCAAAGUGGAAGUCUGUGCAAAAUACACAUAUGGACAAUCAGUGCCAGGUAGUGUUAAGUUUGAGGCAUGCAGACCUCUGAGGUCACGCGAUCCAACUGAUGUCACGACCGACCCAUGCUACAAGGAGACCAAGACGACAGAAAAGAGCGGCUGUACUAUGUUCAGUUUUGAGAUGUCAAUCUUCAGCGUUCUGUUUCCAGGGGCAUUGGUUGAUAGACUGAAUAUCUAUGCUGAAGUAGAAGAGGAGGGAACAGGUAUUAUACGACCACAAUGGAAAAGAAUUGGUCUUUCUGAUGUUAUCGGAAAGCUGUUCUUUAUUGACACACCUGAGUUUUAUGACAGGGGAUCAAUGGUGGAAGGGAAAAUUAAAGUUGUAAACUUCAACAAUGAGCCUGUUCCAGACAUGCUGGUCUGUUUGUUCACUGGUAGUGAUUUGCCUCUGCUUCAGAACCUUACAACUGACAGCCAUGGUGUUGUCAGUUUCACAUUGAAUACGAGCGACUUUGUUAGCUCCAUCCCUCUCGAAGCUAGUCCUGACCCAGAGUCACACCGUUACCAAGGAGGUCCACAUUAUAAAGGUGCAAGUCACAUGCUUCAGUUGGUCUUGCCAACUGAUAUUAAAUCACCCAGCUCGUUGGAGGUGAUGAUUAAGGAGGAGCAACUUUCCUGUGACAUAGAGGACAACAUUUUCAUCCUCUACUCUUUUGUGAGAGAUACCCGAGGUGCAGUGGAUGUGAUGUAUCUGGUCUUAUCCAGAGGAAACAUUGCCAUGCAAGGACAUCAAAAGGUGGAGGUACAUAAUGAGUCUGUGAUUCAGGGUGAAAUCUCCUUCACACUGAAGGUUACACCAGAUUUAACGCCACAGUUCCAGGUUGUGGCGUACGCCAUUCUUCCAAAUGAGAUUGUGAUUGCCCACAGUGCAAAGUUUGCCACUGACAAAUGCUUCAAUAACAAGGUAUCACUGGCGUUUUCUCCACUCUCAUCAAUUCCAGGAGAAGCAACCAAACUGCAGUUGUCAGCCAAUCCAGGCUCUCUGUGUGGUGUGAGUGCAGUUGAUCAGAGUGUCCUCAUUGAGGAGCCAGGCAAAACUCUGGAUACAGAAAAGAUGUUUGGAUAUUUGCCUUACAAAAAAGGUUACUUUCUUGAUGAACCUCAACGAUGUUUAAAAGUGAGACAUAGACGAUCUGCAUACAGACGCCGUGGAGGGAGCAGUGAAGACGGUGGUGAUGAAGUUUUCAAUGAGCUGGGCCUGAAGAUUGUCACAAAUAUGUUCACCAAGUUUCCUUCAUGUUUGAUCUUCAAGGGGAAAAUAUACACAAGUUUUCCUUGGUUUCAUAUGGAAUCAGAAUCUAAUGUUCUCUCUACACAAAAUUCAGACCAGCCUUUAAUGACCCCUCGCACUUUCUUUCCUGAGACUUGGAUAUGGAAACUGGUGGAAGUGGGAGAGUCAGGAUCAACAGAUCUGUCCCUCACUGUCCCUGACACCAUCACCACCUGGGAGACGGAGGCUUUCUGUUUGAGCCCUCAGGGUUUUGGCUUGGCUCCUAGAGAGACACUUACAGCCUUUCAGCCGUUCUUCCUUGAGCUCAGCCUGCCUCACUCCAUCAUCCGAGGGGAGCAGUUUGAUCUGAAGGGAACUGUCUUUAACUACCUGUCCAGGUGCAUCAUGGUCACUGUUAGCCCAGCAACCUCCUCAGAUUAUACCCUGACCCCACUCUCUGGUGAAGAGUAUACAUCUUGUCUGUGUGCCAAUGAACGUAAAACUUUCAGAUGGACCAUGAACCCUUCAGUCUUAGGGGUUGUAAAUGUGACGGUGUCUGCUGAGGCGAUUGAGUCCCACUUGUCAUGUGACAAUGAGAUUGUGAGCGUGCCAGAAAGAGGUCGUACCGAUGUAGUCACACGAACCUUCAUAGUGAAGGCUGAGGGAAUAGAAAUGACAAAAACCUUUAGCUGGCUGCUCUGUCCAAAAGGGGAGACUCUGACAAAGGAAGUAGAGCUGCAGCUACCUGAUGACGUGAUUGAUGGAUCUGCUCGAGCUUCACUCUCUGUGUUGGGUGACAUCCUGGGCCGGGCCCUGAAGAACCUGGAUGGUCUGUUAAAGAUGCCACACGGAAGUGGAGAGCAGAACAUGGCUCUACUGGCCCCAAACAUCUACAUCCUGGAAUACCUGAAGAACACUCACCAGCUGACUGCAGCCAUCAAGAAAAAGGCCACAAACUUCCUAAUCAGUGGCUACCAGAGACAGCUGAACUACAAACACGACAAUGGUGCUUACAGCGCAUUUGGAAAAGGAGAUGGGAACACCUGGCUGACUGCUUUUGUGCUGAAAUCUUUUGUUAAAGCACGCAAGUUCAUCUUCACUGACCAGUCCAGUAUUAAAGAAUCUAAGAUUUGGUUGAAGAGAAAACAACAAGAAAAUGGCUGUUUUCAACAGCUGGGGGAAUUCUUCAACAACAGAAUAAAGGGAGGCGUGUCUGAUGAAGUGACUCUCAGUGCUUAUGUCACUGCAGCCUUUCUAGAGAUGAACACGCCAGUAAAUCACGACAUGGUACAAAGAAGCUUGUCCUGCCUAAAGCAGUCCAUUGAUAACCUGAGUAACACGUACACCACAGCUCUGCUGGCAUACGUCUUCACUCUGGCUGGAGAAGUGGAGACCCGCGCUCUCCUCCUGAAGCACCUGGACACAGUUGCCAUACAGGAAGGCGAUUUACUUCACUGGUCUCAGAAUGAAACAGAAACAUCAGCCUCUCUCUCUGUGGAGAUCAGCUCUUAUGUGCUUCUGGCCAAACUCAGUGUUUCUCCUACUGAUGAAGACCUGGGAUACUCCGCCCGCAUCAUCAGAUGGCUGACAGGACAGCAGAAUGAGUAUGGAGGCUUCUCCUCUACACAGGACACUGUGGUGGCUCUGCAGGCUCUGUCUCUGUACUCCACCAGAGUGUUCAGUCCAGAAGGUUCCAGCACAGUGACAGUCCAGUCUCCUAGCGGUCAGUUGACGUUUGAUGUGAACCCGAACAACAAACUGCUCUACCAGGAAGAGGCGUUGAAGAGUAUAACCGGAAAGUACAGGCUGGAGGUGAAAGGAACUGCAUGUGUUUCAAUGCAGAUUUCUCUUCAUUACAACACCCCGAUUUCUCCACGAGCAUCCAGUCUCCGCGUGGAGACUGAACCAAAGGCUAACUGCACCAGCAAACCUCGCAGCAUCAUGAUCAGGCUGAAGUCCCAACAUUUGGGAGACCAGCUCACAACAAACAUGGUGAUAUUAGAAAUCAAACUGCUGUCUGGAUUUUUCCCGGACCCAAUGUCUAUUAGGAUGCUCAAAGACUCUGUGCUGGUGGAUCGUAUUGAACGUUAUGAAGAUUCUCUUCUGGUGUACUUGCGUGAGCUUGUAAAGGAUUUGGUCAUGUCCCACUUUCUACGACUCAUUCGAGAGCUGCCAGUGAAGAACCUGAAGCCAGCUGUGGUGAAGAUCUUUGACUUCUAUGAACCAAGUGUCAGUGCUGAGAUAGAGUACUUUGACCCCUGUGCAGCAGCUUGAAGACUGAAAGUAACCCACAAAACCUGAAUGGAUCCCUUUGAUCAAACGGCAAUACAUUUACUACAUUUUCUACUUUGUAUAUUUCUAUUAAAAUUUGAGGAUUUACCUGAGGAUUUAAAUAUGUGAUCAAUACAAUCAUUAUCAUCGGUUUUAACGGUUUUAUCCCUAUCCCUAUAUCCCCUUGACAACAAAAUGCUAGCCAUAAUCAUGGUCAAUUAUAUGGAGUUGAAAUAGCAAAUAGAAUAAUAAUUAUUGAUUACAUGUCUUUAACAGUAUGGUUAAUGAUAAGGCUAACUAACUUUUGCCAUGUCUUCAUCGCUAUAAAAGCAUCAUCUUCAACCAGAUGUAGCACCAUGUAUACUUACAGCAGAAUGUACAGUAUUAGCAAGUUAAAAAGAAAUAAAAUCAGAAUUAAACAAUUA